AACACCAGCACUGCCCAAAUCUCCCUGCUGUACACUGAUGGUUGUUUGCAUCCUAGGAGCAAAUAUAUGCACAAAGAAAUCUUAUUGUCAAAGGACUAAAUAUCUGAAACAUCCAUGUGCUGCUGACUGCAUCUUGGCAAGGGGACUCAACAGAAGAUGCAGACAAAGAGAUGCAGUAACCCACACCUGACCUUUCCUGUCAUGAUACUCUUCUCCCUGUGGCUGCAAACAAGUGCAAACCACACGGGUUACCCACACCUCAGAGAAGAAACCUGGAGUCCCAUCAGCCAAAACCUCAGUGGGAGUCAGAACAGGACAGAAGCAAGCACAAAUUCUCCUCUGAGCCUCAAUUUCAGCAGCCAAACGACUACUUUUGAAAUGCAAAGUACCCUGCCAUUCUUCUCCUCUACAAUGACUCAAAAUUUUACUUCCCCUGCCCCAAGUGCAGUUUCCACCUCAGGAGGAUUAGAGAAAAGCAGCAAACCCAAGAGCCCAAUGACCAAAGAAACCUGUGAAGACAAUAAGUCUCUCAUACUGAUUUGCUUCAUUAUCAUUGCAGUUCUUGUGCUCAUCUGCAUCUCCCUGUUUCUGUCCACAGUCAUAGUAGCCAACAAGAUCUCCUAUCUCAAAAGAGCCCAGCAGGGCAAACGCAGGCCCAGGAGCAAUGGUGACCUCCUGGCCACCAACAGCUUAUGGCCCACAGCAGCAGGAACAUGGCAGAGGAUGCCCAAGGAGACAAGUGGAACCGAGCUGGUAAUGCAGGAGCUGAUAUCAGGGAGGCAUGCUGUGAACCAAAGGAAAACUGAAGAUGAAACUACUGAGAAACUCACCAAAGCAGCAGAUAAUGAACAAGAAAGCAAAGAACCAUCCCAGUCACACAAAACCAUUUUAACCAAUUUUGUCGUUGAGAUUUAAUUCACACUCAGGUAAAAAUUAAUCUUUUGCAUUUGUUACACCAUUAAUGUAAGGCAAAAACUUGUAUUUCAAGAAACAGCAAGAAUUUCCCCCCAGGAAAGCUAAAUCCAGAUUUUAGAGUUUUUCCAUUUAUGCCAGUGGGAACUGCUGCAGCCACAAGUGGAUCCAGAAGGUAGUAAAACUGUGUUAAAUAGCUUUCUGUAAGUAGUGUCAAGACUGGUUUUACUCCUUUGACCAGAAAUCAGGGUGACAGGAGCUGAACAGGAUAAACCAAAAGGACAGAAUCUGCCCAUGCUCAAAGACCACAGAGGGGAACAAGGAACAGACUGUCAGUCUGAUCAACACUCUGAACACUAAGAUGCUGCACAGGCAUAACCAAGUUGCUUUUCAUAGGAAACCAUACAUUAGUCAAAACUCUGAUUCAACCACUAAUCCAGGAUCUAGUCCCUCUCAAAAUGCCCUUUUGGAUUUUCCAUUGACAACUUCUUAAACCAGCUUAAUUACUUUUGAAGCAGACUGAUUGGAACCAUAUUUAUUGUGUUUCAACAUUGACUAUGAAUAGAUGAAGUUUGUAGUAUUUGCUAGAA